AUGGCUGGUUUAACCCGUCCCAUCCUGCAGUCCAUGCCGGACACGCGUCAGCAAUCGUUCGAGGAGAUCUACGGGCCUCCGGAGAACUUUCUCGAGAUAGAGGUCCGCAACCCGCGCACGCACGGCACGUCACGCAACAUGUACACGGAUUACGAGAUCGUGUGCCGGACCAACAUCCCGGCCUUUAAGCUACGGCACUCUUCGGUGCGCCGGCGCUACAGCGAUUUCGAGUACUUCCGCGACAUUCUCGAGCGCGAGAGCGCCCGCGUCACCAUUCCCCCGCUCCCCGGCAAGGUCUUCACCAACCGCUUUUCCGACGACGUCAUUGAGGGUCGCCGUGCUGGGCUCGAGAAAUUCCUCAAGAUCGUUGUUGGCCAUCCACUACUCCAGACCGGCAGCAAGGUCUUGGCUGCGUUCGUACAGGACCCUAACUGGGACCGCAAUGCUUGGUGA